CACGCCUGUGCGUUUCAACUUCAAGCUCGCUGCGCCCUACGGGCGGGCCGCCAGGGGGUGUGUAGCCCUCAGCCCUGGCCGCGAACCCGGCUCUCCUCCGCGCGAAGCUGCUCUGCCCCGAGUGGGCGGCGUCGGGGAACCUAGCUGCACCGUCCGUUGGCGUGGGCGGACGGCGCGCAGUCGAUUCCGGUGCAUCGUGCAGCACUGAGCCCCACGGGGGACGGGCAUCACCUCGCCCUGGAGUCAGCCCGGGGCAAAAUAGGGACCGGGCGCCCGGGUGGCGGACUUCGCAGGGCAGGACGCACAGAGUUUGGCCACACAGCCCCGCUAUCUUGGAACUCACCAUCUAGAACAGGCCAGCCUUGAACUCACAGAGCUCUGUCUCCAUCUACCUCCAAGAUGGUAGGAUUAAAGGAGGAAGGGGGACACAGUGAGGAAAUCCUGGACCAAAACAAAAACUAGCAUGCUACCCAGGUCUCGGUCUCUGUACAUUCUGUUCAAACUUGGACACCCACCCUCAAGCCUGACAAACCCACCUUGAUCCCUUAGGCCUACAUACGAGAAGGUGAGAACCAACUCCUUCAACCUCCACAGACAUGCUAUGUACACACGAACCCACCCCUGCUCACAAAAACUAUGUAAACAAAUGUAAUUUUAAAAAUUGGAAAAGUGGCUGCCUGGUGCAUCUCAUGGGUUUAUGUUGGCCAAGGCCUGUGGGGUUUCUGUGACCUGUGCUGGCCUUCCUCACAGUGCCUGGUCAGGUGGGCAGAGUGGGCAGUUUGUCAAAAGGCCAACCGUCACAAAGACUGUGUGCUAGAGGAGAGGUGGGAGAAUUGAAACAGGUCACUACACUUCCCACGCUGGCCUGAAACUUAGUCACCUCCUGCCAUGUCCUCCCGGUGCUGGGGUUACAGACUUGCACCUCAUUCCUGCUGACCCUGACUCUUGGAAGGUCAUGUCUGGAGUCUGUUUGCAUUUGCACUGUCAGAAUGUUCUCUAAUCAGUGGAGUGAACAAAAUCCACCGGUGUCGCUGUGGGAGUGGCUUCUCUCAGUGGUUCCUUGCUUGGUUGCCCUUGAAUCAUCAAAGAGCAUGAAACAUGAUCUGAAACUUGAACUUUUCUUUGAGGUUCUCAUACUUUACUGCUGGAGAUAUCGGGCCUCUUUUUCCUCUUUGUUGCUAAUAGAUCCUGGGUCUUCAUUUGAAUCCACAAUUGGUGGUAGGACUUUCUACUGCUUGGUCCAGUCAGAAAUGCUUAACAUGGGGAAGAUUAGGCUCUAUUCCUGGGACAUGGGCUGUGGCAACACGCACGCUGGGGGUGCAGACGUUUCAUGGUGUUAAUGCCCUGAGUGAAGAGGGAAACGGGAAGAACUGUGUGGGCAGGAAAACAGAUUCUAGCUGGAGAAUCUCAGAGCAGGAAAAUAAACCCUGGCUGGAGGACCUCAGACAAGAGCAGCAGAAAUGGGGGUGUAGCGUCUGUACCGUGUCUUAUAAUGGUGCGCAUAUGCACAUGCUGUGAAGGGUGUCUCUGCUCCCGAGGGCAGCCAGCAGAAACACUUGCAGAUGAUGAGUGGAUAUUCUGGGUCGCUCAACCCAAGUGUUGGUAGGGGAGGAUGCAUGUGCCAUUUUAUAAAUAGGGAGAUGGUGUGUGGUAAUGACUGGGAAUGAGUCUGUCUAAAAUUAUUUUUUUCCUUAAGUUAUUGUAACAGACAGUUCCUAGUUCCAUGAAUGGUCUUAACCAAGCUUGAGUGGUGAAGGCUGGGAUGUUGGGCUUUGUAGGGUCUCUAGGCCCAUAGAUACUGCCUCCUAGGGCUCAUGGUGAGCACAUUGCCUCACCAGAGGACAAGGACCAGUUGCCUAAAUGUUGUGAAUUCCUGAUAAGAGCUGAGUGAAAUGACUGCUGGGAGAAAGAUGGUUGAGCAAAGAUAGUAAAAUGGCCACUCUACUUUCAAUCUGACUGCUCUCCUGGGCAGGAAAGGGAGAUGGUGGAGCAUAAAUUCUCUUUCCAUCCCAGCACAGGGCUUGGACAGUCCUGGAGCCUAGGACGUUCAGCUACCAGUAAGUUGUCACUGGAGCCAAACUGUGACAUUGCCAGAGAUUUUCUCUGUGUACCUUUGGAGCCUGUCCUGGAACUCGCUCUAGACCAGGCAGGCCUCAAGCUCACAGAGAUUUGCCUGCCUUUGCCUCCCAAGUGCUGGGAUUAAAGCCUUUGCGUCCUCACUUUGCUGGAAACAGACAUGUCGGGGUCCACAUUCAUGCAGACCAGGACCGCUGCCUGCUCCUCCAACUGUGUCCCUCUGCAGGGGAAGUCACUUUGAUCCAUGUGGUCCAUCCUUGAGGUUCAUGUCCCACAAGUCCCCUCAGCAUGUCAUCAGCAAAAUCCCAAGCCCCGGAGGAGACAGUGCCUGGCUGCGAAGAGGAGCUGAGAGGAAAGUCACUUCCCACUUGGGGCCCCCUUUUUGGUCACCGGAGUGAGAAGAUUGUCUUUACCAAAGGUGAUGGAAGUCCAGAGGAGAGCCUGCUCACCGUCACCAUCACGGAGACCACUGUCAUUGAGUCUGACUUGGGUGUGUGGAGCUCAAGGGCUCUUAUCUACCUCACGCUGUGGUUCUUCUUCAGCUUUUGUACGCUGUUCCUCAACAAGUACAUCCUGUCGCUGCUAGAGGGAGAGCCCAGCAUGCUAGGUGCUGUGCAGAUGCUGUCUACGACAUUAAUUGGAUGCGUUAAAAUAUUUGUUCCUUGCUGUUUGUAUCAACACAAAACCCGGCUCUCUUACCCACCCAAUUUCAUCAUGACCAUGCUCUUCGUGGGCCUCAUGAGGUUUGCCACUGUGGUUUUGGGGCUGGUCAGCCUGAAGAAUGUGGCAGUGUCCUUCGCUGAGACUGUGAAGAGCUCAGCUCCCAUUUUCACUGUGAUCAUGUCUCGAAUGAUUCUGGGGGAGUAUACAGGGCUGUUGGUCAACCUGUCCCUUAUCCCAGUCAUGGGAGGCCUGGCAUUGUGCACAGCCACUGAGAUGAGCUUCAACGUCCUGGGGUUUUCAGCUGCGUUAUCCACCAACAUUAUGGAUUGUUUGCAGAAUGUUUUUUCAAAAAAGCUUCUCAGUGGGGACAAAUACAGGUUCUCGGCCCCGGAGCUGCAGUUUUACACCAGUGCUGCGGCUGUGGCCUUGCUGAUCCCAGCGUGGGCCUUCUUCAUGGUGGGUUUCCAGCCUGGCACCCUCCACACUGGGGUUCAGGUGAAGAAGGGAUGUCCCUGUGAUUGGCAGGAGUGGGAAGAGCUUCAGCUACAGCCAGGACAUCGUGCUGCUGCUGCUGACAGAUGGCGCCUUGUUUCACCUUCAGAGUGUCACCGCGUACGCCCUGAUGGGAAAGAUCUCCCCUGUGACUUUCAGUGUCGCCAGCACCGUGAAGCACGCCUUGUCUAUCUGGCUCAGCAUCAUCGUUUUUGGCAACAAAAUCACCAGCCUGUCUGCCAUUGGCACCGUCCUUGUCACAGUGGGUGUCUUGCUCUACAACAAGGCCAGGCAGUAUCAGCAGGAGACCAUGCAGAGUCUGGCCACAGCCAGUAGCCGGGGCUCAGAGGAUGACACAGAACCUCUGGUUCCCCAAGACUCAAGACAGCACCACUGAGCUCCUUUUGAUGCCGUGACCCCCGGAAACCAAGCCUAGACUGUCUUCCUGCACUGUAUGCUGGAAGAGAGAGGCAGACUCUGCAGGCAGGUCUUUUGUUCCUCACUGGACACCAGAUGGGGAGUUUGGGGAUCAGCUUCUGCCUGACAGAGCCCUACAGGAGGGAGCAAAUGGCCUGCAGCUAACCGGGCACACUGUCCAGCCUGCAAUUGCGCCAGUAACUCGGUGGGGCCAACUGUGGAAUAAGCACAGGUUCUAGUACCAACAGGAGUUGCUGUCUGCUUGAUGCCAUCCAGGAGACCUCAACUUUCCUAUGACCACCACCACCACCACCACCACAGGCACCAAAGCCUCCUGGUUCCUGACAGAUAAGAAACAGAAAUUCCAGAUGCCAGUGACUCUAGCAAAGAGCCACAAAACCCUGGGGAUGCAGAGUGACUGACAACAGAGACGAGUGUCUUCUUCCACGGAGGAGGAGAGCUUCUAUAAAGAGAAAGUCUUCCCUUUUUUGGCCUGUGCUACACUGAGCUACCCCACUCCAGGUUUGCUGUCCUGUGUUUCUGCUACCCGUUUGGUGAUUUCUCCAACUUGGGCAAAUCUCUAAUCAGAACAGGUCCCCCUGGAGUUCUUCUCUGUCCUGGGUAUACUGAAUGUGAAGCAGGCAUAGUUGACCACCCUGCCAGAUUCCCCUUCGGGAUGAUGACAGGGAAGUUUAGCAGAGCAUCUGUGUUUGCAGGUUACGCUUCAUGUGCAGUGACUCAUUUUAGCAAAGCUCCUGGAGUGUCUGCAUGUAAGGUGAAUCCAAGUCUACACACACAGCUGGCUCUUCCCAGGGAUCAUAUGUGACACUUCCUGAGCCACCAGGUGCCCAGGGUCACUGGUGUCCGAGCUCAGGAUGCCUGAGCAGUGAAGGACCAUAGUGGGGGCUUGGGCAUGAGAUGCUGAGGUUUUACUUAUUCUUCAGUUUGUGGGUUCUGAUGUGGGGUGCAGUCCAUGGCCAGCCAGUCUUUAAGACUCUUCUCCGAGACUCACGAGCUUCAGCACUGGCACUUUGGGUUCCAAGUCUCACUUUCCCUGCUGUCCAUCUUGAGGGCCCAUGCUGGCUCAUUGAUUUCCAAGUUGGCUCCUUGCCUGGAAAAUAGGAAAAUAGCCCCUCAAAGAGACAGAUUGAUUUGAAAAAGAGCAAUAAUUAUGUCUUAAGUUUUAUGUACUUGAAAAAGUCUGCUGUGAUGAUGGAUCAAAAUGAGGCCUUUUAAUCUAUAAUCCACCUUUUCAGAGAAGCGGGCUUGUGUUCUGGACACAGGCUAGGUGUAUCUUCCCUGUGCUGAGGUCACCUCCACUAUAAAGGGUUCUCUCAUUUGACUUUCCCCAGGUUUCUACUUCCAGUGGAGGGCAGAUGAUGGAUAUUGGGUUAAUCUGUACAUUAGGCCUCUCUCCUCAAGAAUCUGGCUGUGGAGCUGCUGACACACACAGGACACGUGUUUGGGCAGUGGUUGGAAGAUCCCCUGGCCUUCUUACAGAUCAGAGCCCCAAAUGCCUGGCUUCUGAGUAGCACUUGGAAUUCCCAUGUGGAAUUAGGAAAUGGCCCAUCGUAACUUGUUCUGUCUACUCCUCCACUUCACCAACCUUUCCGCCUGUUUUGAUUCUAAGUUUGUGGACUAGAAACAAAAACAAAGAUUUUCUUAAAACAACUUAAAAAGCUGCUUUUGAGACAGGAAGACCAUGGCAUCUGUGUUAAGAGCCAGCAUCACGGCCUGUCCUCAUCACAGGCGGGAAGACCAUGGAGUCUGUGCUAGAGGCAGCACCACGGCCUGUCCGGCUUUACAUUCCAUGCACAUCCUUGCCACACAGCCACCUCUUCCAGCAUUUCCAGGACUCCUGGCCAUUGUGACCAUACCAUCACAAUAUUUUUUUAUUAACAUUGUCAGUACUUUUAUAUCAUACUGUGUUUUUCAAGAAUUGUUGCUGAUGUACAUGUUGAAAUAUCUUGGAUUAAUUUUUCCUAAAUCCAUGUCUUUGUCUGGUCUGUUGUAACAGAACACCGGAUGGACAUUCUGAGCCAGCCAUCUGCUUCCUCACUACACACAUGGUUAAGAGAUACAUAGAUUUCUAAUUUCAGAACGCUUCUAGGGGCUGUAGAGAAGACUUGGUGGGGAAGAACAAGUAGUGCUCUUGCUAAGGACCCAUGCUCACUUUCCAGAACUUGUGUAGGGUGCCUAACAACUGCCUGUAACUCCAGCUCUAGGGAUUCUGAUUCCUCUAGCUUCUGUAGGCAUCUGCACUCACACACACACACACAUAUACACGUAUGCACACACACAUGAUUUUAAAAUGAGUACAUUAAAAAAGACUCCCAUGACUUUGGGGUGUAGCUUAGUAAUACAUUAGUGUCAUUUAUUGUGAGACCAGCACACAUGGGAUAGAGGGAGAUGAGACCCCAAAACGUCCACCACAAUAGAUGGUUUUUGUCUAAAGUUGGGCAUGGUAGCACUUACCUGUGAUCAUAGUCCUGUGGAGGCAUUAGGCUAUAGAGUUAUUCCAAGACCAACUUAGGCUACAUAUUAGGAUCCUGUUUCAAAAAAAAAAACCUUAAAUUUUUUUUCUGAUCUUUGUAAUUUCUUACAUACCAGCAUUAUAAUCUGUCUGCCUGGAAAGUUGAGAGUACUCUUGUGCAAUCCAAAAUAUGUUUCUAAUUUGAGAAAAAUAAAAACGAUGAAUCAGAGGAGAUGAAAGAGAAUAAACACGCACAAGGGAAUCAGUCACGUAAACUGCUUGCUGCCUUUAGACCACUACAAAACACGUGGCUGUGACCCAGCUCCUCCGUGGUCACUUCACAUCUGUCCACGUGAUGUCUCCUGCAAGCAUUUUAUUUCCUAACACUGGAAAAGAGUAAACAAAGAUGAUACUAACGGUGGAAAACCAUGCCUGUUCUCUUUCCCUUGAGUCCUUGAGAUCUGCAGCCUUCUUCAGUCUUCCUCCUCCCUCUCUGUAGCUUUGGAGCCUGUCCUGGAACUCAGUCUGUAGAUCAGGCUGGCCUCAAACUCACAGAGAUCCGCCUGCCUCUGCCUCAGGCGUGCUGGGAUUAAAGCUGUGUGCUGCUACUACUGCCCAGCUCCUUCAGUCUUCUUCGUCCUGAGAUUACAAGCAGGUGUCACCAGCCGUUUUCAGUUCUCUUCUAUUUUUUUGCCCCUCAACAAAGAAAUAUAUGGCCUACCUAUGGGGAGGCCUUUUUAUCUCUUCAUUCCCCCCCCCCCCCUCUCUCGUGCUAAGGCUAGAGCUUAGGGCUUCGGGAAUGCUAGGCUGUGGCUCUUCUCUGAGCUAUACCCCCCCCCAACUGUUUUCUUAGUUUAUAAAUGUCUUGGCUCGCCCCAUGAACUAGAAACUUAACAUCAUGCUAAAUGUGGACAGACAGUUCCAACCACAAUUCAGAGUGUAGUAGCUUUUAACUUUGGUGUUUCCUAAGAAUGUUUUCAUUGUUAGUUUCCUUGGGGGCUCUGAUUCUGAGUUAGGUGACUGUUAGACUCUUGCUCACAUGUCCAAGUUGAGUUUGAAACCAAUCCAGUUGACAAGUGUGUGUGUGGUUUUUUUGUUUGUUUCCAUUGUCUUUAGUUUCCAUUUCUGGGACUCAAACUGCAUUAAAUUAAUUUCUAUUGUUUAAACUUGGAGAUAACUGUGAAUUUGUAUUUGUUCCAGCAGUAUUGGCACUUUGGAAAACUCCACAGUUUAAGGUUGUAAGUUCCACAUCAAAAAAAAAAAAAAGAAGUAGCAGCAAGCCGGGUGGUGGUGACUUUAAUCCCAGUACUCGGGAAGCAGAGGCAGGUGAAUCUCUUUUAGUUCGAGACCAGCCUGGUCUGCAAGAGCUAGUCAAGGACAGGCACCAAAGCUACAGAGAAACCCUGUCUCAAAACCACCACCACCCCCUUUAAAAAAAAAAAAAAAGAAAA